UGAAUGGCAGCGUUCUUAAUCUGGAGGAGACACUGAAGUUGCCUGGCAGUGACAUUACAAGUGGGAGUGAUGUACUUUCUGAUGUUAUACCUAGUAUUCCAAGCUCUCCUUGUCUGCUUCCAAAAAAGAAAAACAAGCACAGGAAUCUCGAUGAACUUCCAUGGAGUGCAAUGACAAAUGAUGAACAGGUUGAAUAUAUUGAAUAUCUGAGUCGCAAAGUCAGUACAGAGAUGGGCCUUCGAGAGCAACUUGAUAUUAUUAAAAUUAUUGAUCCUACUGCUCAGAUCUCGCCUACAGAUAGUGAAUUCAUUAUUGAACUGAACUGUCUCACAGAUGAAAAACUGAAACAGGUGAGAAACUAUAUCAAGGAACAUGGACCUCGUCAACGGUCUGCAAGGGAAGGCUGGAAGAGGAGUAGCUACAGUUGUGCAAGUACCAGUGGUGUGAGUGGUGCCAGUGCCAGCAGCAGCAGUGCCAGCAUGGUCAGCUCAGCAAGCAGCAGUGGUUCUAGUGUUGCUAACUCCGCUUCAAACUCGAGUGCCAACAUGAGUCGAGCGCACAGUGAUAGUAAUUUGUCCACAAGUGCUGCAGAAAGAAUCCGGGAUUCAAAAAAACGUUCCAAGCAACGGAAACUACAGCAAAAGGCCUUACGCAAGAGACAGCUGAAGGAACAAAGACAAGCUCGUAAGGAAAGACUGAGUGGAUUAUUUCUUAAUGAAGAAGUGCUAUCUUUAAAAGUGACUGAGGAGGACCAUGAAGGAGAUGUGGAUGUUUUGAUGUGACAGGGGUGAAUUUAUCAGUGUUCUUUCUAAGCCUUAAAUGUAUUAUCCUUAUUGUUUACAUAUAUUUCUUGACCAAAAUUUGAUUAGUGUUAACAAUAUAAACCAGAUCUUUUCUCAAGUGUAAUUUUGGUAAGAAGGUUUAAGUAUUGAGUAACUUCAGCUUUUUGAGACUAAUUUUGCAACAAAGACUUCAGAAACUUAAUUGUCUUCUGAAAAGCUGCUGAACAGAUACAAUUUUAAGGAAAUUUGAACUUGUCUAACAUGAUAACUUACUUGCAAGCCCUAAGUCUAGGGGUGCGUUUGGAUGACACUAAACAUGCAUUACUAUGCUUCAGCUUUUUUGUUUUUUCCAACUUGUAAUGUUACAUUUAGCUUGUUCUGUCUUCCUUUCCCAUUAUUAGGAAGAUUGUUUAGCAUGAGGAAAAAAUCUUUAGUUCUAUAGCGCUUUCUUUGUCUUGCUCUUGGAUCAUACAAAAUCAAAGUACUGUGAUAAAUCGCAACUUCUAGAAAAGGACUUAUCUCAAACUGCAUAGAAAACAAGAAACAGAACUUCUCACGCAGGGAAUCUGUAACACAAAUAACACCUAAUAAUGUUCUUUAGGAAGCAGAAUUAAAAAAAAACCAAAAAAACCCCAACAACAACUUGCAAGCUUAGUCUUCAGAAAGUUAUUUUGCUGCUCAAUAUCUUAUAGUAUGAUUGUUACUAAUGGUUGACCAGUACAUCCCUAGUAUUGCUAUGAAAAGAUUUAAAUACAAACAUCGUUUUGCAUUGAAAGUACACUAAUCUGCAAUUAAGUUGUCUAGGACACUACAAUAGUUAAAAAUGCUACUGGAAACAGAAGCGAAAACAAGUGGCACACACAACUUUGGUGGUUUUUUCUCCCCAGAAGCAUAUCUAGAUUCAUGUUGGCAGGAGAACUUAAUUAAUGCAGCUGUGCUUUUUAAUUGUAUGUUUAGCUGAGGAUGUGUCUUCUCUGUGGGUUGUUACACCAUUACAUGUUUCAGAAUUCUGCUUUUGUUGUCUAUCUGCUUUUGAAAUUUCUCUUGCUAAGAAAACGAGGUAAAAUUGUGGCUUUCAUGUAGGAAGGUAAAAGUAGUUUUAACCUGUUUCCUAAUUCUGACAAUGUUAGGUGGCUUUUGUCUUUAUGUUGGAACUACUUGUUACAGAACUCCUUCCCCCCACAGCUGAGAUAAAAAUCAUACUUCUAAAUUUCAGUGUGAAACUUAAAGGAGUAUAAAAAUAUUUUCUAGUUCUGAGUUUAGGAAGUAAUUUUUCAUUAUCUUGAUCCUUCAUUACUUUCAUUUUGCUCCUGUGAAUUAAGGAGUUUGGCAGUUCGGUGUGGGCUACAGGUGCCUGUAAUUGCAGGAUAUAGCCCAAUCCUGCAGAAUUGCAUGAUCAACUUUAUAUAGGCCCACUCACAUUCAUUUUGCAUGUCCUGCACAGACUUAGCCCUGACAGCCGAAGUAUUUUUCUUUCAGAAGUGGCAUUCCUUGUAGCCUCAAACUAAACUGACGAGUAAAAUAUCUGAAGAAUGGCCUCUGAAAGGGUUUCAAUAAGAAAUAAAUGAGGUCCAUAGUCAAACUAGUAUGUCUGAACUUAGUCACUCUUACUGCUGCUAGACAACAGGUACCCAGACUUGGCCAUCGACUGAUAAAAAACUAUGUAAUGUUGUUUUAAACUUGAGUGUUAGCUAUCCCAUAUGGCCAGUUAUUUGGCCACUAACCAGAAGUGAAUGUUACCUAUCAGUAUUUGGCUGUACUGCAUGAGAGCUGGUUGAUGGCGCUCUCCCUUCUAGAAGAAAUACCAAAAACUUCUUUACACUAUACAAGUGACUGAGGAUUUAGAUUGACAUAAAUCUGGAGCUUCUUUUAAAUAUCUUGGAAGAAAAAAUUGAAUUGCUGUCUGUUCAGCUAAUUUCAGGGUGCAGCUGUUGAACUCUUGCAACUUACCAUGGCUGUAAUGGAUGAAUUAAUCAUAAAACAUUUUGCUGUGUGUACACUGUCACAGUUCAGUACAACCUUUAUUUUCUGCAGUGACUUUGAAG